CCCGACAUCAAUUAAAAGUAUCGAAAAGGUCAAAAAGGUGAGCCAGUAUAUAAGCACACUCCUGGACGCAGACUACGCAAAAGAUGCUGCAAAAAACACUGGAGAAUCCUCGAGCAAUACCGCGUCUACCUCAGAUGUUGCAUCGUCGAUGAAGUCUUGUCGUCCAUAAGAAUCCAUCUCCAACUUUCAUUAGAGUAAGCAAAGCAUCCUGAUCUCCUAAAAACUUCAAACGUUGAAACCCAACAUACUGGUAAAAAGCAGGAUAGUGGCACCGCCCUCCGAGUCACCAAGCAGAGGAAAAUCCGUGAAGCACGGAGAACGAGAACACCACAAUGCGCCUCACCCUAGCCCUCAUUCUAACCCUGCUCCUCACAACCUGCACCGCCGACUACAUCGUAGUCAAUACCCGCUGCCAUUCCUGGGACCCCAAAUCCUGCGAACGCGUCGACAGCUUCUUCCACUUCAACGGCGGCCGGCAAUCCGUCAACGGCAACCACGGCUGCCGCAACUCGCACAGCCGAAAGCUCUUGAUAUCGCAGUGCCUCAACUACGAGACGAAGCGCGGGCACUUUCUUUUCAUGCACCAGGACAUACGGUGCCUACGGCUCCUGCCCAAAAUCACGCUCCAUAGGUGCGGGCACGGCUGGUUUCGGUGCUGGAGCGGGAUGUGGGCUGAGACGCCGUGUUUGAAGGAGCGGGAGGAGGUGCCGAUGGAGGAUAUUGAGACAUGAUGGAGGAGUUCUGCACCCGUUAUAUCAUCGCUGGGU